GCGCGGACCGGGCGAGGAGGCGCCGGUCGGUCGCGUCUUUAGAAACACCCGAGGUCGCCGUUAGACUUAGCGAGCGCGGUGUCGGUAGGCGGGUAGGCGGUAGGCGGCCGGCGAGCGCGGGAGAAUCGAGAACCGCAGAUCUAUCUCUCGACGAGGGAUUUGGUUCCUGAGCAACCGUUUGCGGCGCGGGAAUCGCCCGAAUCCCUAUCGCGUCGAAUCGUCGUCGGGGGCGCCGUCGCGCGGCAGGCAUGGCGGUCGCGGCGAGAGGCGUCGUGCGCGCGACGAUAGAUUACUUCGAGGACGUCUUCCUCGCCGCGGACGGGCCGACGCUCAAGAGAGCGGAGCCGCUCGUCCUUCGAUGGGCGGUCGUCUUCGCGGCCGCGUCCUUCUUCUUCGCGGUCUUCACGCUGAAGCGCGAGUGGGGCGCGGAUCGCGCGUCGAGAGCGGCGCUCGCCGCGAUCGCCGCGUGCGCGUGCGCGGUGUGGUUUAAGGAUGCGAGCGAGCGGCGGUGGGCGCGCGAGGCGUUCGCGCGCGGCGAAAGAGGCGGCGUCGCGAGCGGAGACGGCGAUCGGGCGAAAGGAAGCCUUCUGAAGAAAGUGUGCCAGAAUUGCGAGCACGAGUUCCCGAGUCAGUCCCCGCGCGGGGGGCACAAGUACGAGUGCGAGCGCUGCGGGCUCGUGAGCAAGAAGCCGAAGAUCGUGCAGCGCGUCGAUCGCGGCGUCGGAGGCGGAGCGCGAGGCGUCGCCGCGCCGGCGUCCUCCGAAGACCUUCGCUCGGCGGCCAAGGCGGAUGGCGGCGGACCGAAGGCGACGUCGCGAACCGCGGAGGAGAAGCGGGCGGCGGCGAAAGCGGCGAAGCAGCGCACGCGCGAGGAGCGCGAGGAGCGCGACGCGGAGGAAGCCGCGGACCGCGCGGAGCUGCAGCGGUUGAUCGAGGAGGAGAGGGCGAGGAAGGCGGCGCAGAGAAGGGCGCGAGAGGAGGAGGAGGCGGCGGCGGCGGCGGCGGCGAAAGAGGCGGCGGCGAGGGCGAAGGAGGAGGAGAGAGCCGCGGCGGCGAGGGCGAUGGAGGAGGAGAGAGCCGCGGCGGCGAUCGCCGCGGCGGAAGCGGCGGCGGCGGCGGCCGCGGCGGCGAAAGCGGCGAAAGCGGCGCCGGUGAAGCCGAAGACGAUACCGGCGCCGAGGCCGCCCCCGGCGCCCCCGGCGACGGCGGCGGCAGCGGCGGCGGGUGGGAACGUCGCGAAGAUACCGUCCUCCGUCGCGGCGACGGUUCUUCCGCCGCGUCUGCUCGUCGCUCCGUCGGACAGCGCGACCGAGGCGAGGACGGAGAAGACCAAGCCGGCGCCCGUCGCGGCGGAGGCCAAGCCCGCGGACCCGAGGGUGUUGAACCUCGACUUUGACCCGCCCAUGCGACCGAUGCAACCUAUGCAACCCGCGUCGGCGUGGAACGCGGGUCUGUCGCCGCCGCCGUCGCCGAGCGCGGCGGCGCGCGCGUCCGCCGCGGCGCGCGACGCGACGUCGGCGUCCGCCCCCGCGGCGGUCGCGGUCAGGCCCCCGCCCCCCGGGUUCGACCCGCUCGGCGGAUCGAGGACGUGGCUCGGCUCGGGCGCCGGGAUCGCGGGCCUUCUCGAGCAACCGACGGGACAGGCGGCGACGACGGCGGCUGCGGCGGCGACGACGACGACGACGCGGCAGCCGCAGCCGCAGCCGCAGCCGCAGCCGCAGCCGAUGCCGCCGCCGACGCGGGCGCCGACGAACCCGCCGCUGCCGAAAGGCCCGCCGCCUCCAAACGCGACGAGGCGGCCUCCGAACCCGCCGCUUCCGCCGACGCCGCACCCGUCCGCGCGCGGCGGCGCGCCGAACGCGUCCUCUCCCGCGUCCCCGCGCGCGUGGCUGGCGUCCCUGGGCCUCGACGCGUACGCGAGCAACUUCGAGCGCGAACGCAUCAGCAUGUCCGACGUCGUGUUGCUCACGGAGACGGACCUGGAACGUCUCGGGCUCCCGCUCGGGCCGCGGCGACGCGUCGCGGCGGCGGCGGCGGCGAUGCGCGCGGCGGCGAACGCCCGCGGCGUCGGCGUCGGCGCGGCGGCGGCGCCCCCCGCGUCGUACGGCGGCGGCGGCGCCGCGCCGCCCGUCGCGCGCAGGACGUCCGCGCCCGCGUCCGCUUCCGCGACGACGACGCGCGUGAGCCUCGACGGCGGCGCGGCGUGGACCGACCGCGCGUUCGGCGGCGGGUUAGGCUCCGGGUUGUUCACGCCGUCCGCGUUCAGCGCCGGCGGCGGCGACUCGACCGGCGGCGGCGGCGUCCCGACGAGAACCGCGGAGGAUCUGCAGAUGGAGCGGCAGCUCGAGGAGGACCUCUCGAACGAGCUCAUGGGCGCGCUCGGUCUCGACGACGACGACGACGACGCGACGAUGGAGACGCGGCUCGGGUUAAACCUCGACGACCUGGUGGGCGCGGACGACGACGCCGCCGCCGCCGCCGCCGCCGACGUGCCGACGACGCCGCCGGGUCACCCUCCAAAACCCCCGGGGUUCGAGUUCGCGCUGGGUCCCGGCGUGAACGCCGCCCACGACGCGCUCGCGGACGCCACCGUCGCGGCGUCGUCGACGGCGGCGACGACGGUGACGACAGACGCGUCGCCCGCGGGGCAUCAUCAUCAUCAUCAUCAUCAUCAUCAGCGCACGGCGAGCGUGGACGCCGACGCGAACGGCAAGCCGCCCGAGCCGAGCGAGAUGAUGGUCAAAGCUGUCGCCAUCUUGCGCGCGGCGAACGCCGCCGGGCACUCCAUCCCGCAGGAGUUCUUCGACUGCAUCACCACGGACAUCAUGCUCGAUCCGGUGAUCGCGUGGGACGGGCACACGUACGAGCGCGGGCGGUGGCUCAGGGAGCACAGCACGUCGCCGAUGACGGGGGAGACGCUGCCGGAUUUCACGCUGCGUCCGAACCACUCGAUGCGGUCGCAGAUCAUCAAUCACGGGGAGAAGUUGGAGAGGCAGGGCGUCGCGGGCGCGUGAGGAGGAGGAAGAGGGCGGGGCGCCGUCUUCGCGUAGAGAACGAAAGACGGCUCAAUUUUAUUCAUCAAGAUGAUUUUUGACAC